AUGGACCUGGGCCUGAUUGCGGCGGCGGUGCUGACGGCCGUCGGCGCCUCGGCCGCCGCCAUGAUGACGGAUCCCAAGCUCUCGGCGUGGGAGCUGUGGGAGGCGUACUCGGAGGACCGCUUCGGGAGCUUCGUGGAGGAGAUGCGGCAGGAAAGGCUCGACCGCGAGCGGAAGGAGUCGCGGAGACCUCGCGGCGGGCCGCCCCGCGCGAGCCGCAGGAUGCCGCGGCCCCCGCGGUGUGAUGCGGUCUUCCGCCCGCGCCCACAGAGGCGGCCUGCCGGCUCGCCGCCGCCCGCUCUCCGCCCCGACUGGCCAGGCGCGGGCGCGAGCUGGCGCGGGGGGCGGCGCCGCGGAGGCUGCAGGAGGUCGCGACUCUCGCGGCGUUAUGCGGCCGACUGCCACGCGCCCGCCGCGGCGGCCCGCCCGCGGCCCCGACUGGCCCGCUGA